AUGCUCAAGAAGGUGGAUCCAACGAAUAAUGUUUUGGUGUCAUAUUUGCAAUCCAUUGACACAACAGUUGUUACAGGGGUGUUACAUGAAGACGAAGAGAGGAAAAAUUCUAAGAAAUCGAAGAAGACAGCUGGUGGGUCUUUGGAAAAAGUGGCGAAGGCAGAAAAGAAGAAGAAAAUUCCGGUGGUCGAAGAGGUAUCUCAAAUUUUAACCUCAAUGGUUGAUACACCAAGAAUCGAAGCGUCUCCAUCGACAGCAAUGAUUCCUUCGAAGACGGGUGUUUCUCGACGGAUCAAAAUAAAACGAAAGUCUCAGAUGGUGAAGAAAACGCAAGUAUCUCAUCAAGGGGUCACAGUUUGGGAAAUUCCAGCUCCGGUGUCUCCAUUAUCUAAAAAACGAAGGGCUGAAGAUUUAGAAUUUUUUUUGAAGAAGAGUCAAAGACUUGAAGAAGUUGAGCAAGUUCCUGAGACACCAGAGAUUACACUUCAAGAAGAAGCGAAGACCAGUUCACCUGUUGUUUCGAAGUCUCUUGAAAGAAGUUCACUACCCCAGGUUACAUCCACAACUGAUUCUCCUACAUUUCAACUUAUUAUGGAUCAACCAUUCACCACCAUAUUCUCAACUCAAUCAACUGAUCCACCCCAUCCAUCCUCACCUACUGAUGAAACCAUGGCUGCUGAUGCUGAAACCGAUAACGAAGGCUUUGGAGGAACAUUCGAAGCUCUUCAUUUUGAUCAAGCUGAAGAAGAUUUCCCUGACCACAUGCUGAUGACUAUGAAGCAGUUUAAGAUUUUGAAUUCUAAAUUGAAUUCUAUCUUGUAA